GUUGGUAUAAACAUGAGAUGUAAAGAAGACCUGGAAAUAUUGGAUUUACUAAGACAAGAAGAGAUUGAUCAAUAUGAUGAACAAAGAGAAGACAUUAGAAUGAAAGCUAAGCAGCAAAUACUUCAGGUACAGGAGGAAAAUAGGAAGACUUUCAAUGAGAAGAGGAAACCAAGUUCUCAAUACAAAGAAGGAGAUUUGGUGGCCAUAAAGAGGACUCAGUAUGGACCGGGUUUGAAGCUGAAACCUAAGUAUCUAGGACCGUACCGGGUGACGAAGGUUAAGCGGAAAGAUCGUUACGACGUAGAGAAGGUGGAUACUGCUGCUGAAGGGCCUAAUAAGACGUCCAGCUCAGCUGAUCAAAUGAAGCCGUGGCCUAAUUAGGUAAAGUAUCUUGCUAUUUAAAUAAGAGGU